AUGAAAAAAGCUUCAAGAAUUUUUCUAUUUUGGUUAUUUAUAUUAUACUGUAUAAAUAUAAUACAAUGUGAAAAUUUUAAUCAAUCAAAAUGUUUGGAUCCACCAUUUGAAUCAUUGGAGAUACCUGGAAUUGGAAGUGCUCAAAUUCAUAAAGGUCAUAGGCUAAUUCCUAUACUAAUAGAGAAUGAUUUGCAAAUAUGUUAUAACGCAUUAAUUAAUCUAAAUAACCAAAUUUGGGAUGAAUCUGAGGGACUUCUGACUGAUAUUGAAAGUUUUAUUUUAUCCACAAAUCCACAUUCAAAUGUUCAAGAUCCAAAUUUAGGAGUAAAUUUUCCAUCUAUAGAUCAAACUCCAUCUAAACUUAAAAAUCAAUAUAUAAAUUUUGAUAAUAUGCAUAAUUCUAUUAUAAUACCAUCUCCUAGUAAAACUCCAACUAAAGUUAAAGAAUUUCAUGAAUCUUCAUCCUUGCAAUCAAUAUCUUUGAAAACUCAAAGUGAGCCAAUAUACCUUGGUGAAGAUACAAGAAUAAAUUGGUUUAUAACUUUUACUGAAAUUCUAUUAGAAAAUUAUGGAAUUCCUAUUAACAUAGAUAGAACCAAAUUUUAUACAGAUUCUAUAAGGAAAUUAUUUCGGGAAUUUUGGUUUUUAGAAAAAGUUCCAAGUAUUAGUGAACUACCUAUAGAAAUUUGGGAUACUAUCGUAAUGAACGGUAUUCUAGAAUUACUAUCAAAAUGGAGAACUAUUGAAGAGAAAAAAAGUAUAAUUAAGGAGGCUUGGCAAGGUUUCCUUAAUAUGGAAUAUAUCAUAAAUGAACAAUUAAAUGGGACACUUGACUUGUCAUAUUAUAAAUAUUAUUCUGUUUUAUCUAGUGAUACAAUUAAACAAAAUAUAAUCCCAUAUGUUGACAAGUAUUUGGCAGAAAUAGAAGCAUCUAGAAAAAUUACAGAACAGAAAAUAUUGUAUUCAGAUUCUUCAUAUAAAGAAUUUAUUAAUACUGAUACUAAUUUAGCGAAAUCUUCAAUAAAUAAAUCGUUAAAUGAAAUAAAUUCCACAAAUAUUCAAAUAGAACAGGGGAAAAAAGAUAUACCUGAAAUAAUAACUCCUAGUGAAAACUUUUCUGAUUCAAUAAUACCAGAUAAAAAGGAAUUAAUUAGAUUACGUAUACGUUGGUUUAAAUUAUUUGCAAUAGAGUAUAUGGGAAGACUUGGGAUUAAUCUAUAUUUUGAGGAUAAUACUUUAGAGGAUCCUAUUAUUAUUGAAUUUUUUGGAAAAGUUUGGACAUUAAGUGAUAAAAUUCCACUAGUUUUGUGGAAAUUACUUAAUGAGAAUGGUUUUAAAGAGAAGUUACCCAAUAAUAUGACUAUAUUAGAAAAAGAGAAAAUAGCCAGUAAUUUGUGGGAAUCAUUUAUAAAUAUGGAAUUUUCCAUUUAUGGUAAAAGUGGUAACCUAGAUCUCUAUGUAGGCAAAGAAGAAAUGUUAAAUAUUGAGAUAAGAGAAAUUAUUCAGGUAUUUUUACAACAAGAUAUCUCAUUUACUCCUGAUAUGGCUUUAAAAAUAGCUCAUAAUAAACUUAAGAUAAUCGAUGGUAUAGAAACCCCUUUUAAUCCUGAAGAUCUUCCUGAAUCUAAUGAAGUGUCCCAAAAUAUCCCUAAUACCUAUACAUUGAGACAUGAACAAAGCCCUGUUUCAUUAGAAGAUUCUGUGGAAUCUACCAAAAAUGAUAACAAUGAAGAAAGGGAUGAUGUAUUACUAGAUAAUUCUCUAAUAGAUGAAGAAUUUGCAAAAAAACCUGAUGUGAAUAAUGUGGUUUCUUUACCCUCAUAUGAAGAUCUUUUUUUAUCUACUAAGAAAUCUCAGGAGCAAUCUUUAGAGAAUAAGUUUGAUUCAGCUUCAGAAAAAUUGAACUCUCCAAUAAACAUAAUUCCUGAUAUAUCACCAACAAAAAAUAUUGAUUUUGCUCAAUUAAUCACUGAAAAAUCUCCUUUUAGAGAACAUGAGAUUUUAACUUAUAGUAAUAAACCAGAAUUAAGUAUGGAAUUAUCGGGAGGUUACAAAGAAGAGACAUAUACAAAUAAUGAUAAUAUACUAAAAAGACCUUUGGAAGGUGUAAAUAUCGGAAUAUAUAACAGCGAAUAUCCUCAAGAUCUUACACAUCCACUUAGACCAAAUAAAAAGAUUAUUACAGAUUAUUCUACUAAUACAGCCUUUAUUCCCGAAAAAAAAGAGUCUACAUCCUCUGUAUUUUCUGAAAAUAUUAUAGGAACACCAAAAGAACAAUUAUCAGAAUUUUCUGAAUCCCCACAGUAUAAAAUAAUAGAAAGACUUAAUACUACCAAGAAUAAAUUCCCCCAAAAAACUAAUGAAGUGUUUCAUGACUCCUUUAUGAAAAGUGAAAUUCCUGUGAAAUUAUCUGAUAUCCCAUUAGAGCACUUAAAUAAUAUAGUUGAAGAUAAUUGGGAUUUAAAAUAUCCAAUUGAAUCGAGGGAAUCUUUAUAUAAAGGAAUAGUAAAUGAAAGAUUUAUGGAAAAUUCGGACAAUAAGCAUAUUAAAAAGGACUUAGAACAGGAUGAAGUAGGAAAAUCGCUUCAAGUACCCAUAAUUUCUUUGCAAAAUCAGGAUAUUGACAUAUCUCAUACACCUACAGAGGAUAUGAAACUUGAGGAGUCCUCAUAUAACGAAGUAGGUAAAAGUUUUAUUGAAAAUUGGGAUAAUAGUGGAUAUAUACAAAAGGAUUUAGAAGAAAAUAAAUUAGAUAAAUCAUCUCAAAUACCUAUGAAAUCAUCAGGAAUACAGAAUAUUGAUAUAUCUCAUAUAUCUUCUCCAGAGAAUUCGAAUUUAGUAUUGGAGAAAUUUCUACAUACUUCCUUUCCUGAGCCUUCUGAAGUAUCUCAAUCACCUUCUACAAUUUAUGAAUUAGAGCCUGAACCUAUUGAUUAUAAAGAUCUUUUAUAUAUUAACUUUGCAAAAUUUAUACGAUGUUAUAUUGAAACAUAUGCAAAUAUAAGGAAAAAAUAUCUUAAACCUAUAUAUAUUGAACAAACUAAAGAAAUCCUUGUUAAUUUAUUUCACUUUUACUCUGAAAGUACAAUAAUAGAUCAAACAGAUUUAGAAAAAGCAAUAAGGGAAAUCAGUUCAGUUUCAGGUAAUGGAGGAACUCUUACAGCUAUUAGAUAUCUUGGCUUGACAAUUAAACAAAUAUCUAAUUCACUAGUAAAUUAUAUAAAUACUUAUUUCCCAGCUGAUGAUACAGUUAAAAAAUCAAUUCAAGAUCAUUCAGAUAUAACACUUAAAUGGUUAGAACAAUACUUUAAGUCUAACGUCCUAAUUUAUGAUAUGUUACCAUAUCGUUUGAUAGAAGAAGUCCAAAAUAAUCCUAUUGAUACAUCUAUAGUCCCUCUUAAAGUGCAAAGAGAUAUAGAUUUAUUAGCAUCUAAUAUUUGUCAAAAGACUAAAGAAAUUUUAAAAGAUAUAAAGAAAAUUAAAAAUUUAGAUGAUUCAGAAAUAAAUUGUAAAGCUGUUGCUAAUGUAGUUGUCCAACAUCAGAUGGAUCUUAGUAAAGCUAUUUACUUGUUUCUAUUACCUUUAAAUUCAGAGUAUCAGAAAAUUUUGACACCUGAAGUAGCUUAUAAAUUAUCUUUAAAGUUAACUGAGUAG